AUAAUGACGUAGUGUUUAUGUUAAUUCAAUUAUAAAUGCAAGAUAUUAGUGAAGUUUCUCUAAAAUAUGUCUGUAAAGUUGGUAUCAUUGCGUAAGCACAUAUUGGACUGUAUGUCGUACUUGUUCUUAUUAACGCCGAAUAUCUUAAAGGGUCAAACGGUUUGAUUUAAUUUCAGUAGAAUAUUAUUAUAUUUGAAGUAAUAUCUAAAUGGUAAAGAUAAUAUGAGCAUUUUAUUCAUUCGAAGGGAAAAUUAUCAUCCUGUGACAUUUAAUACAUACAUAAUAAAAAGUAACUGAGAGUGAAUAGAUUAGAAAAAUUUGAAAGAGAUUUAUUCAUUACAUUAUUUUAAAGUUAAUGAAAAAAAAAAAAAAAAAAAAGGAUUCUUUGAAUAUGUGUAUUAAUCUAACGAAUUGGAUGUCGGUAGACGCAAUUAUAACUUUUAAAUUAAAUUAGAGGAAAGUAUAGUAUCGUUAAAAUUGCGUAUAUCCGUGAAUCGACAUGAUGGAUGUCGACAAAAUUGCCGUGUUUGCCGGUGUGGGACUUGCUGUAGCAGUUGGAGCAUUUGUAUUAUGGGGUCCGUCUCCUAAACCUAGAAGAAGAGGUAAAGUGGUUGGCAUUAGUAAUCUAGGAUAUACUUGCUUUUUAAAUUCCUUGUUGCAAGCACUUGCUGCUUGUCCGACUUUAAUCACAUGGCUUCAAAGGCAACGAGAGAAGAACGAAAAAUGCAAUUUUACCACUACUUUGCUUUCAGUCUUUGAAAAAAUCAAUGGUCAUACCGACGACUUAUAUGGAGAUGUAACGCCAAUUGAGAUAAUAUCGUCUCUUGGUUCGCAAUGGAGCUUUGCGCCUGGUUACCAAGAUGCUCAUGAAUUAUUUCAUAUACUUCUAAAUGCAUUGCAGGCAGAAAUUCAACCCAUUAACAGACGAGGUUGUCUGUCAGACGCAUUACCUAGAAGUCCUUUAGUUGUGGCAGAUCUCAAGGGUUCAGGAGAACCGAUAGGUCUUCGAAGUGUAUCAUGCAAUGAUAUAGUAUCUGCCGAAAGAAAUCCAAAUUCUAUGCACGGAUUUGACACGAACUGUAACAAUCAUAUGACAAUAUCUACACCAUCUAUAUCAUCUCAUAUACCUUCAGAGUACAAGCCUGGUAAAAUUCUGGAUAGAUCUUCGGAAAUGUUAUCGCAACAUAAGAGAUAUGACGCAGAAAACGAUGAGCCAAUAUGGAAUUAUCUUUGUGAAGUAUCUUUAAUUAAUAUGCCACCUAUAUGGAACGAAGUACAUCCAUUUUCUGGAUUACUAACUAGUCAAUUACAAUGUAUUAAUUGCAAUUGGAAGUCCCCCGUACGUUAUGAUAAACUUGAAAGUAUUUCUUUGCCAUUACCUGCUCCUGGUUCAGUUCUUCAAUGGAAGCAACAUACUUUAAUUGAAUUAUUUUCACGUUUUGUGAGUAGUGAAAUUGUCCAUGAUGUAGAAUGCGAUGGUUGUGCAUCUCGUUGCGAUGCUGUUAAAACCCUUACCCUUGGAAAAUUGCCUAAAUGCUUGUGUAUACAUAUACCAAGAACUACAUGGAGCUCAUCCGGGAUGCCAAUUAAGAGAGAUGAUCCUGUUGUUUUUUCUGACACUUUAGUGUUAGAUCCAUUUACAUUUAUAGAAGCAAAAAAAAGACUUGCAAAAGGAGAUGCACAAGCAAUGUUGCUUCUUACAAAUCAACGGUCGACCUAUGGUAAACAUAAAUAUCAACUUCAAGCUGUUGUAGAACAUCGCGGACCUGUGGAUGCUGGUCAUUUUGUAUGUUAUAGACGAGGAACUAGACCUGAUAGAUGGCUUUAUACAUCAGAUUCAACUGUUGAAAACACAUCCUUGACAGAUGUACUUUGUGCCAGUCCUUAUCUUCUUUUUUAUGAACGAAUUCAUGAAUUGCAUGCAUAGUUAGGAACAAAUUAAAUCUGAGGUUGUUAAAGAAUUUAUGGUGAUUCUUAUUAGAAUUUUCAUAUAAUCAUUCCUCUAGUAAAUUCAUUCGUUUUUGGGUCCAGUGUAAUCGUAGGAAUGAAAUCAUUGUUAAGAAAUCUUUUAAUUUCUUAAAGGUAUGAAUUGAAUCACUGUUGUGCCAUAACUCCUAUUAGAAUCAAAUUAUUAUCUUUCGACAUUUUUUUUUUUAAUAGAUCUCAAAGAAUUUACAGUUAAUUUGAAAUUAAUCAUAAAAGGAAUAUAAGUGUUUAUGUAAUGUCCGUACGAAUAUUUUGAUUAUGAGGUAGUACAGAUGAUAUGACUAAAGUAAUUGUCAAAUAUUUAUAGUUUAUCUGAAGCUUCAUUCCUAAAUUUAGAAAUUUUUAUAAGUAGAGGUUGCGUACGAUAUUUAAAGCAAAAAAGUAUGAGUACAGAGAUUAUAGAAAAGAAAAAAAAAAAAAAUAGAAUAUAAAUUCGGAUGCAUGAUUCAUAAAAUAACGUCUUCUGUGCAAUCGUCGUAAAACAUACAAUGCUAAGGCUUAAUGUAACUAUUAAAAUUAAAUUGUGCCAAAUAAAUGCACAUUUUGUAUAUCAUAUAAUGUAAAAAAAAAAAAAAAAAAAAAUGUGCCCCUGCAAUUAGUGAGAAUACUACAUUUUACAAUAUCCAUUGUUUAGUGCUAGAUUUAGAUAUAAUUUUUAAAAAGACUAAGGCUGUCCAUCACCUUUCUCUCGAAGCGGGGAACGGUUUUAUAAGUUUGUGUAGAUUAUACUAAAUAGAUAGUGUCGAAAUGAACUAAUGUUUUGAUUUUUAUAAAAAUAAUAUAUAUAAUGUAUAAGUAUA